CUCGUUUUCUAGCGACACACCGACUGGAUCCAUCCGGCGGAAAGACUGCAACCCAGGAAAGUGCUUCGCUUUCACCUCUGCCGUGUGAGCCUGUGAACAGAAACUUUGUACAGCGUUUAAUCACCCAGCCAGGGCUCGCCGGAGAUGAUGGCCAACUGCACAGAACCCGAGGCUGACGAGGACCAAUUUGAAGAUGCCUACGAAAACAUCCCAGUGGCAUCCCAGAUGGACUUGAAGAGUGCCCUGGAAGAAUGCAAUAUUGCACUGAGUUUAUUCUUAAAUAACAAAUUCUCUGAAGCUUUGGAUUUGCUGCGGCCGUGGUCAAAAGACAGCAUGUACCAUGCCCUGGGUUACAGCACUAUGCAUGCAAUGCAGGCAGCCAUGACCUUUGAGCAACAAGAUAUCCUUGCAGCCAUUGGAACAAUGAAGGACGCCUUACAAACUUGCCAGAGGUUUCGAAAGAAGAAUUCGGUUGUGGAGUCAUUGUCACAUUUAGUUUCAAAACAAGGGUCUGAUCAACUGACAGAAGAGGAGAUGCAUGCGGAGAUGUGCUACGCAGAAUGCCUGCUUCAGAAGGCAGCUUUGACAUUAGUCCAGGAUGAAAAUAUGAUUAAUUUUAUUAAAGGAGGAAUCAAAAUACGAACAAGUUACAACAUUUAUAGAGAAUGCCAACAAAUUGUACAGAUGACACAGGACCGGGUCAAAACUGAAGUCUACUGCCAAUUUGAAGGAGGAGUCAAGCUAGGAAUUGGAGCUUUUAAUCUGAUGCUGUCUCUGCUACCUUUGAGAAUUCUUCGUCUUCUUGAAUUUAUUGGAUUUUCGGGAAAUCGGGAUCUGGGGUUAUCCAUGCUGCGAGAAGGUGCCACCACUCAUAGCUUGAGAGCUGUACUGUGUGCCUUGACUCUACUGAUGUAUCAGACUUACAUCACUGUCGUCCUCGGUGCGGGUGAAGGCAACCUCCAGGAAGCUGAAACACUUCUUCAACCUUACCUCGAGAAAUAUCCUACUGGCUCCAUUAUAUUGUUUUAUUCAGCAAGAAUAAAAGUACUCAGGGGAAACUUUGAAAUCGCUCAGACAAAGUUCGAGGAAUGUAUUGCAGCUCAGGAAGAGUGGAAACAGAUUCAUCAUCUAUGUUACUGGGAGCUAAUGUGGAGUAACUGCUUUCAGCAGCAGUGGCUGAAGGCAUAUCACUUUGCAGACCUCCUGUGUAAGGAAAGCCGGUGGUCUCAGGCAAUCUACAUGUUUCAGAAAGCUGCAAUUCUCAGCAUGCUCCCUGAACAAGACAUUCAAACCACAGGCGAGAAAGUGGAAGAGCUGUUCAGAAAAGUUGAAGGUCUGAAGCAGCGAAUUGCUGGAAAAUCUAUACCCACAGAGAAGUUUGCAGUGAGAAAAGCCAGGCGCUAUAUGUCACCAAACCCUGUUAAACUGGCUGUGCCUUUGCUGGAAAUGAUGUAUGUGUGGAAUGGAUUUGCAAUACUGGGUAAACGAGCAGACUUGACUGAGAACAUGCUGGUUACAAUAGAAAAGGAAGAAAUAGAGUUACAAAAUCACCCCAAGCCUGUUGAAUAUCAAGCAGAUGAUGAGAGUCUGGUACAGCUCCUGAAAGGGCUAUGUCUCAAGCAUUUGGGCCGUCUCUUACAAGCUGAGCUCUGCUUUAAUCAGGUGAUUCAAAGUGAGAAGAGGAUAAGAUAUGACCAUUAUUUGGUGCCAUUUACUCUUUAUGAAAUGGGAUUGUUAUACAAACAGCAAGGACACAACGAUAAAGCCAGAAUGUACUUUGAAACUGCAAAGAAUAACUACAAAGACUAUUCAAUGGAAUCUAGGUUACAUUUUAGGAUCCAUGCUGCACUGAACAGCUUGAAGAACUCCCCUACCUCAACACCUUGACCAGUUCCUCAGAAUCAAAUUCCUGAAGUACGUUGCAAUAAAUAAAUAUGUGUACGGGUAGGAGUGAUAUGCAAAUCACAAACUAGAGCAAAAUAAUGCUGACAUAAUCUGCUGUCUUAGAAGUAUUCUGAAUGUAGUAAUACGUCCCCCUUUUCCCAUUUUACAAAUUAGCCAGGGUUUUUUCUACAGUGCUGUAAAAUGUGUUCAACUCUAUAUAUCCUUGCAUCAAAAUAAAAGACAGAGUUUUGUUCUUUAUCAAAAUCACAUUUACAACCUUUGUUUUUACUUGAAUGUGGGCAGGAAAUGCUGGUGCAAUAAAGUUAGAUAUUGAUUCAGUCAGUUCAUUUUUAAAAAAAAAUUAAACAUUGCUUUAAGCGUUCACAUGAACCUAGAACUGAAUAUCUUGCAACUUGAAUGGAAGGAUGAAAAAAAAACUUUCAAUUGUUUAAAAAGAAUCUGAAAUAAAAGCAGAAAAUAUGAAUGCUCAAUUUCUUUUUUGUGAUCUGAAAAUAAGUUGAUAUUCAGCUGGAACCUUUCAUUGGAAGAGACUCACCGUUGAAAAUAGUACCUAUAUUUACUAUUGGUGGACUUGUCAUAUAUUUUCAGCAUUUUCUGUUUCUAUUGCAGUAAAGCCUUACUACAAAUGCAUUUUCUCAGCAUUAUCCUGGAAUUAUUAGUUACUGAAAAAGUAAAUUGUAAUUGGAAUACAUUGGUGCACAUGAACUUGUGGUAAUAGAUUUACUGUACAUUGCUCAGCACUUAUUAUGGACUGAUCAAUGACUUUAUGUCAACUUUAACUGAGAACGAACAAUCCAAGACUGAAAACACAAGACCCAAGUAACUGAGUAUGUGUGUGUAGUUCACUCACUUGAGCAAUCCAGGUUUCCAAUCCCAGUCAUUUGGUCUUAUUUCUCCACUUAAUUGUUUAGUUUGAAUACUGUGGUACUGGAGACUUUUCAAAUCUCUAUCUUGUUCUGUUGCUUUAUUGUCAAAUAAAUUCUAAAUCAGGUCACUGAGAACUAUUGUUCUUGGUUAAAGGUGCAUACAAAUCAGUUAGCCCAUGAAGUUCCACAGUGCAACACAACUAUGUGUGACUAAUGAAGUUAAAAGCUUUGAUCACUCCUGCUGUAAUACGUUAACUCAAAACCAUAGCAAGAUCCAGGAUCAAAAUCUAUAUAUGGGUGCAAUUGAUACAAUAACUUAUAAACUCCAAUAAAUUAAUAGAAUAAUUAUGGAAUAGGCAUUAUUUUAUAUCAUUUGCCCUGGGUUUUUAUCCAGUAUUCCUGCUUCUACAAAUUGUCUUCGAUUUAAGUGGAAUUCGCUAUGUCUUCUCUGUCUCUACCAUUGUUGUAUGCCACUGUAUUUCUCUGGUUAUGCAUAGGAAGAACCAAGUCACCAAUAUGAACCAAGGUUAUAAUUUACUGCAUUCGUCUUAGUAAAUUUGGCCAGUGCCUUCAUAUUGAAAAUUGAAUUGAAUUCCUGAGAUAAAGCUGAUAAAUUUAAUUGUCCUAUAAACAUUUUGGGACCUCCAUUUUAUUCAGGGGGUGCGAGUUAGGUUUCAGUACAAUAGAUUUAUUAAGAUGACAAAGGUAUUUAAGUUAUUUCUUAAAUUGUAUCAAGUCCUGUUCACCAUCUGACCUAUGCUCACUGAUCUACACUGAUCUCUGUUUAAGCAGCAUCUCAAUUUUAAAAUUCUAUCCUUGUGCAGAAUCUUCAGCUCUCUCUGGCAGCAUGUUUUAAGACAGAAAGGAUAUGCAAUUAAGCAAAAAGGCCCAUGGUUGACUUUGUGACCCCUCUGCCAAUUAAUCCCUCCCAUUGGCAAAACAAUGACCACCUAAGGACCCCGAUUUGCCAGCACUAUUUCGAAAUCAGCUGUCGUCAUAGCAGCUAAAACGAUGCAGCCAGUUUUUGCCAACUUUGGGGGUGAGGGUGUUCCCUGGAUCAAAGACACUUGGUAUCUGUACAAGGAACUCAAUAUUGGAAGGAGGAAAGUCUUCUGAGAGCCACUUUUCCCAUCCAUGUUUCCAACUCCUAUCUGCUCCCCUCUCCCAGCAACUGGUACCCUUCCUGAUGUUAUCUGCCUGUGGUUUGGGCCUCUUCUCAGUCCUGGGACUCUGAAGCUUCUCCUUGUGCAGUGCAACAGCCUCCCCAGCGGUUCUGCUGAGGGUAAGAGUUGCUGGCCUCUAAUUAGCCACCAGCUCUCAGUUGGCAAGAUUUGUGCAGUUCUGGUCCAGAUUCCAGGGAGAGGCCUGUUUGACAAGCUUUCCCAAAAAGAGACAGUGUGGAUUUCUUGCUGGUUCUCUAGUUGUAGGGGGCACCCUCAACAUCUUGAUAAGAUUCACCACUUUGUUUCAAAUUCCUCCAUGGCAUUGCUCAUCCAUAUCUCUGUAAGCUCCUCUAGCCUUACAAUCCCCAUUGACUUCUGUGCCCAUUGAAUUUAAGCGUCUUGUGCAUUCCAAAUUAUAAUUCCAUCAAUGGUCCCUAAGCUCUGAAACUCUCCCCAUAAGCUUCUCUGUUUCUAUAUUUUUCUUUCUCCUCUUUUAAGACCACCGUUAAAAUCCUGCCCUUUUUUUUAACCAAGUUACUAGUCAUCAGACCUAAUAUUUUUUUAUUCAGCUUAGUGUCCAGUUUUGUUAUGUAAUGCUCCUGUAAGGCACCUUGUGGAUGUAUUAUUACAUUAAAUGCACUGUAUAAAUAUAUUUUUUGUUUAAAAUCUCUUUCGUAUUUUCUUUUAAAAUUGAAAUCUAUGAUUUAGUAAACUCACAGUUCAUAGUCAAAACUCAACUGCAAUUGGUGUGGAUAUUUUCAUUUUCUACACCUCAGAACGUGGUUAAAUGUCUGGUCUAGGUAACAGAAUUGGAGUUUUGCCCUCAUUGGUACUCAGUGGUUUAGAGUGAAGUGAUAAGAGUGAUCUUUCAAAAUAUUGACAUAAUUUGCAAAACAGACAUUUGGAGUUGCAUGAUUUAGAGGUUUAGGUUGUAUUGAGGUCGAGUGGUUUCAGUUUGGCCCACUGUUUAUGACAUAGCUGUGAACCAAAAAUUUGCAUUAAUUGCUUGCAUUUUCAUGCCAGGAAAUAAAAGGAGCCAAAAUCUAAGUACAAAACACAAAAUGCGGAAAUUCAGAAAUAAAAUGAAGGGCCACCAACCUGAAAUGUAAACUCUGUUUCUGCUUCCCCAGAUACUUCCAGGGUUGCUUGGUUUUUCCAGCAUUUUCCAUUUGUAUUUGAGCCUUAAUUUAGUUGGUCCCAGUGAAAACUGCCAUUAAACCUUCUUGUAGCCGGAUAGGAUGUCUGUUAGCUUGCUGGAAGUCUCGCUAACCAGUCAGAGAACUGGUGGAGAAUGCGCAUCCAUUGCUUAGGGAAGACCUAUGGAAUCUAGGGCACUUUGAACAUUUAAGUGCCAAAAGUGGGACACCACGCCAUUCCAUUGCAGUGGAAGUCCCAUUCACUUACAGUUGCUGGCAAUCUGAGACUAACAACUUCUCAUUGAUAUCAGCGGAAGCUAUGACUCUUGGCUGCAAUGCACCCAUCAGUGGCCCAGGAUUGAGAAGCAGCCCAGGCCAAAUGCGAGGUGAUCAUGAAGUGGGUUGCAGGGUGGGCAGGGGCGGCACAAUGGCUCAGUCAUUAGUACUAUUAUCUCACAGCACCAGGGACCCGGGUUCAAUUCCACCUUUGGUCACCUGUCUGGGUGGAAUUUGUACGUUGUCUACUUGGGUUUCCUCACUCAGUCCAAGGAUGUGUAGGUUUGGCGGAUUGGUUAUGCUAAAUUGCCCAUAGUGUCCAGGGAUAUGUAGUUAGGUGGGUUAGCCACAGGAAAUGCAGGAUUGUGGGGAUAGAGUAGGUUUGGGUGGGUUGCUGUUUGGAGGGUCGGUGUGGGCUAAAUGGCCUGCUUCCUCCCUGUAGGGAUUCUGUUAAUUCUAUUCUAUUACAAGGUGAGAGGCUGGGGGAAGGUGUCUUUCACUGGCCUUCCCCAUUUCCAAUGCCAGAUCCCUUGAGUAGGCAGAGAUUGACCAUGGGACCCUGGCAUGUGAGGCCACUGGCAAAGCCAGCAAGGUUUGGUGGGCCCCCUGAAGGCACAGGAAAGCCAAGUGGACCUCCAUUUAAUCUAAGUCACUACUAAAGUGUAAUGGGUUCAGGGCUAGUGGGUACCAGCUCCAUCAUUAAUGGAUCAAAUUAAUACUCUACUGCUGGUGGCAAGGAGUACUGCGUUAGCCUCUUCCACCCUCCAACUUAAUGGGGGGAGAUUAUCCUGCUAUUGGGAGGCUAACACAGGACGUCUGUUAUGGCCCACUUGUUAAUUCCAGUCCUGUUGCAGCUCAGGAAGUAUUUUAUUACAACUUGUUCGUUUUGCACAAAGUUACAGUAGAACCUGUUUUUAAACUCCCACCAGAAAACUAAACGGUGUUGGGUAACUUGAAAUACAUUUCCCUUGGGCAGUGUUUUAAUUAAAGCCAUUGACAACUAAUUUCCUUGUUCAGCAAGGUAAGUUUUUAAUGUUAAA